AUGACUAGGAUCUUGUUAUUAUUACAUCCAACGGCUGUUACUGAUGAACAAUUAGUGACUAAGGUCAAAAGCGAAAUAAGCAGUACGAAUAGUGAUGCUGAUGUUGUGCAACAUAUAAUAGAUAGAGUUGCGAAUAAGAUAGUUAAAUUGGAAAACAAUACAUUUGAUGAAGUGAUAUAUAUCAAUCCAAACGAAGGAGAGUUCAAUAGACAGUUACCAGUGCUGACAAUAACGAUUAUAUAUGAUAGUUUGGUUGAGGAUGGAGUACUUAAAGGAGAUUUACCUACCAAUCAAAAUUUGGAUGCAAUCAUGUCGGGAUUUAUAGUGGGCGAACAAGGCAAUUGGAUUAAGCCUAAGGCCGUGGGGGAAAGCGUAUCGAUUCCAUUAAAGAAGAAGGAGGUGGCUGUCGGUGGUGCAAGCAAGCAAUGCUUACCAUCAUUCAAGAAGCUUUCCUCUACACAUGCGGCGGUAGGAUUAACAGACACGUCUGCAUCUAAUACCGACGAAGAGAAUGACGAUGUGAAUUCGAAGCGUAAGCUACAAGAAACAAAACUUGCAUACUUUUCUGAAUCUGACGACGAAGAUGAGGAAGAUCAAAUAAUAGAUGAGAACAAUCUUAUUUCUGAAGUACGUACUGCCAACUUGGUUGUGCCUAAGAAGUGUGAAUUGCCAAAUGGUAAGAAGAGAAGAAAGGCCUGUAAAGAUUGUACUUGUGGGUUGAAGGAAAUUGAAGCCCAGGAAACGUCAGACAAACUGACUUUGCAAAACUCGAUACUCAACCAGAUGGUGCAGCUGGCCAAUUUGGAAGCAAUGAAGAUCGAGGAGAAGAUGAAAAAUGCCGUGAAAUUUGACGAUAACGACUUGGCUGAAAUCGACUUCACAGUCGAAGGUAAAAAAGGUGGUUGUAGCUCUUGCUCCUUGGGAGACGCAUUCAGAUGCGAUGGUUGCCCAUACUUAGGAUUACCUCCUUUCAAGCCGGGUGAAGUCGUUUCAAUCGACAAUUUUGGAGAAGAUAUCUAA